AUGGCUUCGCAGUCGUUGGUCUUUCUAUUCCUCCUGUCCGUACCCUUCGGCAUCACCUACUUAAUAACCUGGAUUCUCUAUCACUGGGCGAAUCGACCCAAUCUCACUGGAGUCAGCGAAAUCCCGCCGAGCCUGCCAGCGGCUCUCCCCAUCCUCGGCCAUACCAUUCCCUUCUUGUUUCACGGGAUCUCAUUCGUAAGGCGGGCAACGACUUAUGCGGGACGAUUAACAUGCGUCCGAAUCUCCCUCCCAUUGGCGGGUAUUUACCUGUUCCAGGAGCCUGAAGCAGUUGCUGCCCUGUGGAAACAUCCGCUGCUCUCCAGCCCGAUAUUCAUCUAUACAGUAGGGCUGCGGUAUUUGUUCGGCAUGAAGGACAGGCCGCUGGAAACUUACACGGCGGACGACUCGGGGCCCUUUCGCAAACCACAUCUGAAUAGCAACGUCGUCUCACAUAAUCGUGUUGACUACUUGACUCACGACUCCCUGCUACGAGGCUUAUCAGGGGCGGGACUAGCACCUACCUUCCAGCGCUGCCAGGACAUGAUUACGUCGCAGAUUAGCAGCCUGGGAAUUGGGGAUGAAUGGGUCCAGAUGCCCGACAUGCUGCUGUUCUUUCGGAACCAUGUGGGACGCGCCGUGCUGCAAUCACUUUUUGGACCUCUCUUGCUCGACGUCAACCCCAUGUUCAUGGAGACGUUGUGGCAAUUUGAUGCAGCGACUCCAUGGUUAGCAAAAAGAUUUCCAAGAUGGCUUGUCCCCAAAGCCUACCGCGCGCGGGAUUCGUUGCUCGACCAGAUUCAGAACUGGUAUCGUCAUGCCCGGGUGAACUUCCACGAAUCGCUUAUUAUGGAGGACGGAGAUGGAGACCCAUGCUGGGGAUCCAAAAUGAUACGUGAGAGGCAGACGUUCCUCUUGGUCGCAGACAAACAAGACGAUGCCUCGAUAGCAUCCGCCGACUUGGGCCUGAUCUGGACCUCCAUCACCAACGUGUUGCCCAAUUCCAUGAUGGCAGUUUUUCACAUCUUUCAGGACCCGGACCUUUUAGAUCGUGUGCGGCAGAGUCUGGAAACCGAGGGAGUAAUCAGCUUCAAGCCAGAAUUUACGGUUUCUAUGGAUCGAUUAUUGCGCAAUGAUCUCCUGCAAGCAGUUUACGCCGAGACCCUGCGACUCUACGUCCAGGUGUACGUCACGCGGUGCUCCGCGCAUGAACCCGUGUCCGUCGGGCGCUGGUGGCUUGGACAGAGCGACGUCGUGAUGGUCAGCUCCUACGUGAACCACAUGAACGAGCAGCUAUGGAAUACCCAGGACGGAGCCCACCCCUUGGACACGUUCUGGGCAAAUAGGUUCCUGCUGGACCCCACGGAUUGGCGCUCGGGCCCGCGGAGGAUACCGAGGGAUCAGUUGGAUGCUGAUCAUCCCGAAUGCGAUGCGGUUGGAAAUCAUCCUACUUUCUCAGUGAAGGGGUUGGAAGGAACGUGGAUUCCUUAUGGUGGUGGCAGCUCUGCAUGCCCUGGCCGCAACUUUGCUAAGCAGAUGGUGUUAUUCUGCUGUGCGUUUUUCGUCGGUCAAUUCGAUUUGGAUAUUCAAGCCCCGUCCUCUCUGGAUAUGGACAGCACCACAUUUGGACUGGGGACCCAGAAGCCAAAACACAAAGUGUCCUUCGCCAUUCGGCGUCGACAAGGACUCUAG